AAACAAAUACUUGCUUCUGUCAGUGCUUAGCAGAAUUGCGAAAUAUUUGCAACUGCGUGCAUAUUCUUAAAUAUUUUUAAGCUCUCGUAAAUAUUUAGUUCGAAAUGUACCCAUUUUCGGGACGCCUGGCAGUUUUUUUGCAAAUUGUGGUCAUCUCGAUGGCAGCAACAAUAACGCCGGACCCAAUGGGAUCAGCAUCUUCUUUGCAAAAUGUGACAAACCAACAAAUUGACAUUGAAUCGUCCACAAAUCCAACUUCCGGUUUGACAGAUAUUGCAGAUGAAACCUCUCCACCAAAUGAGUCUGACCCAGUUUCAACCACCAAAAUUCCCCCAGUAGAUUCGUCCCCUCUCCCGAUUGAAAUCACGCCACAAAACAGCACCACAGUUACAACCACCACCACGACCACAUCGGUAAAACCAGCAGUAGACGAUGCAAAAAUUGACCGAAUUAACACCGGCGUCUCCACAAUCCUCAAAGGCGUCAUGUCGCUCGACUUGGCCAAGAUUUUGCGAGGAGCGUUCAUCUUCCCGAAGAACGAAAAGGUCAAGAGUGUCGCGAAUCACGUGAUUGACACGAUUUUCGGACCCGAACCAACCCCUGGGGGAAAUAGUUCGGCUCAACAUACCUGAAUAAUUAUGUAUAUGUGUGUAUGUGUUUACAUACAGGUGCAAAUUAAACAUUUGCUUCAAUACGAUACUUUCCCUGUAGGAAAUGGAGUAUAAAUACUCUCCAUAACAAGGGAACAUUAUUUCAUUCUCACUUUUUCUCACUCCAUCACCACUUCGUUUCUCCAUCAACGGGGAAGUCAACUUUGUCAAACAUUUUUUCAUAACCUUGCUCUUGUUGUAAAUAAUAAUGCGACGUAAUAUGGAUGGGUGCAUAAACAUAAAUAUCCAUCCUGCCGCAUAAUAUCCAGCACAAUUAUGGCGUUGCAACUUGUGCCAAAAUUAUUACGUGCUUUCCCCCAUGCACAAGAAACUUCUUAUACCAUCUCUACACAAAAAUGCAUAUCUGUCUUUCUGUCCGAAUAUAUAUUGUUAUUUUUUUUAAAUAAACAGAGUUUGACUUAUGAUCUCGAGCUAUUUUAAACCCUUUACUGUUUUGCUCCGCACGAAAAAAAACCUUGUAAAUAUGUACCACUCUGGAUAAAUAUGUAUGUGGGACGAGAAAGUUGGACUCUUCAGUAAGAUAUCCUCCUUGUUGGAGAGAGUUUGAAACGAUUUUCGUUAGUUUACAAGCAAAACUUAAAAAGUAAAAUGGAAGAAAAAAUUCGUGCGGAAUCGCAUAAAGUGAUCGAGAAAGCCUUCAACCGAACGGAGCGGAGGGGCAGCAUAGCUCCGGAUGAGGGGAAAAAAUUAAUCACGGAAAUGCAGCCGGGCUGGGAAAUUAAUGCGUCGGAAUUGGAGCAAGAAAUUUCUAAUGCGGAAAGAUCAGGAACUGGAAAAGUGGAUUGGGCUGGAUUCAAUAAGGUCGCCAUGCACUUUUUCAUGAAACAAUCCAAACAAUUGCAAGAUCAGUUCAUCCACAAACACGAAGUUGGAUCAAGCGACUUUGAGGCUCCGCCAAAUAAGUUGGAGUAAACAAAUAUUUUAAGCUUUAAGACAUAAAAAAAUUUUCUUUAUUACUACUACAAGGCAAAGAACUCAGCUCAACUUAUUUAAAAGUAUAGCCUAAAUUGUUGUGAAGAUUGAGAAAAAUAAAUAAAUUGUAUUUUGGUAAGAGCACAGAAAUUUA